UAAAGAUUUCACAACAGUUUCGUAUAUAAACGAAUUUGACGGUCUAUAUGUUGAACUAACAGGAAACUGAAAGUUGCAGACCAGUUUCUUCAAACUGAUGGGGGCAGAUAAUAUAAAUACGGCUUAUUAUAAUAGGCUGCGAUAUGUCUGUAACUAAAGAAUUUCAUCGGCUCCUUAAACGAGUCAGAAAACUUACAGAUGGACAGGCAUCAAUUUCAGAUAUAGAUUGGGAUGACGGAAAUUUGAGCAAGUUCUAUGUGACUAUAAUACCUAACAAUGGCUUAUACAAAAGUGGAAAAUUUAAAUUCAGGAUCGGAAUACCAGACGAAUACCCAGCAAUACCUCCAGUUGUAUGGUGUAAUACUGAGAUAUACCAUCCGAAUAUUGAUACUCGGGACAUCGACGUCAGCGACGAAGGCACAAAUGUCUGCUUAAAUGUCCUGGAGUCCGGUACAUGGAGCAGUUCUUUCGGUCUGGAAGGUACAAUUCUUGGUUUACUAUUUCUCAUGCACAAUCCAAAUUUAGAAGAUCCUCUCUCAUCUCAUUUUGAAGGAAACGACGACGAUGAAUGUUUCCGGGAAAAUGUUAAAAAGUAUAUGGCAGGGGAAAAGUUAUUUGGCGAUGUUUUAUUUGACAAAGAUUUUAAAGUGAUUGAUGGUAUUUUGAUUGAGGAAACUGUGAACUCUGUUCUAUCAGAAACAAAGAGCGAAGCAUCAAGCAUAAUAGAAGAUGAUUCACAGAGUAUAAAUAAAGAUGACGUUCCCACAAAUGACAUAAAACACACAGAUAAUGGUGAAAAUUCUGAAGAUGAGCAUUUAUCUGAAAACUAUAGCGGCAAUGCAAAUGGAUCUGCUGAUAAUUUAGCGAACAAAGGUUCUUUGAAUGAUGCAAUAGAAAAAAAGAAUAAACAAGUAAUGGACAAUACUGACGAAGUUAAUGAGAUAACAAUGGAAGGAGCUAUAGGUUGCCAAGAGGCAGUUGAUAAGGUUGAUGAUGAUGAAAGCGAUAAAUGUGACAUUGAACUUGUUAAUAUAGAUGGAGAUUGUGUUUUUUUUAUACAUAAAUCCGCCAGUGAUGUAGAUGAGAAUAUGGCAGAUGAACAAGAGACUGAAAACAUGACAGAAGUCGAACAAUAUAAACCAGAUCCUGAACAAACUGACGACGGACACCGGAAUUCUCAGGAUGAAGUUUGUACCUCAAAUACUAAUGAAAUAAUUAGUGAAGUGUGUGAAGAUGCUUCAUGCAGCUUUACAACAUUAAACACUACGUGCAAUAUUGAAGAUAUAGCUAAUGAUGGUAUUUCUUCACAAACAGACGAUAGCGAGAUUAAAACUUUGAUGUCAGAUAUAGAAAUAGAUAAACAGCGUAGAAACAAUCCUAGUCACCAGACUGAUACAGUUUGUGGAUGUGGUGCUUGGUAUACAUUUAGGACAACACUUAGUAAAAUAGCACAUACAAUUGGUCAUAACAAGUUAUAUAGAGAUAUUAAUUUUUGAUUUAUGUUUUUCACUACCUCAAUGUUGUAUAUUUAAGUAUAUUAUAUAUAAUUAAAUAAAACACUGUCUUUCAGCAUAUAAUAUUAAAUAAUAAAUAAUAUUUGUGCUUUCCGUGUAAAUUAUUGUGAUAGAUUGCCGACUAUUGUUAUAUAGGUUUCUUAUAAUUUACAUUUUUGCAUUGCGAAUAAUAAAGAUACUCAGAAUA